AUGGCGGUUCGGAGUCAAAAUCCUGGUAAUAAAAUUUGCAUCUCUAAUGAUGUUUGCCGUCAAAUAAUACCAGAACAUGAGUUAGAAGCCAUUAAAGUAUGUCCAAAGCAAAUAUUUGCAGAUGACAUCAGCCACUCAGCUGAUGAUGGGUUGAAGGUUGGUCAACCGAGUGGUUUGGACAACACUACUAGUCUAAAUACCCUAAGCAGGCCUCAAGAAUACAAAUAG